GCCUGCAUUUAUCCCUCUGUUUCAGUUGGUGAACUCUUCCGUGUGAAUAAGGCGUGGGUAAAGUUUAACAUCACAUAUGGUCAAGAUCAGUUGUGCUUUGUCUUGGUGUGAGUGACCUCUCUGCGCAUUUGUUUGCGCCCACCUCCUCCACCUCCUCCUCCUCGUGCUCCGCAGCUGCUCUCAAAGCGCCGCGCGGCUGCAGCCCUACAGAGAAGAUGGGGUUUGCGGGUCACUGGGCGCUGCUCGCAGUGUUUCUGCUGGGGAUUCAUCACUCCACCGGCUUCUGGAUCGUCAACGUCGUUUUCCCUCCCAGCACCAAACCUAAAGAACCGAGCAACGACACUUCCCCGCUCAUUAUCGUACCGGGGAACCUGGGGAACCGUCUUGAAGCCAAAAUAGACAAGCCAACACUGGUUCACUGGUUCUGCUACAAGAAAACUGAAAACUGGUUCCCUCUGUGGAUCGACCUUAACAUGUUCAUGCCAGUAGGUGUGGACUGCUGGAUCGAUAACAUCAGAGUUGUUUACAACAGGACAACUCGACGCUCCUCCAACUCCCCAGGGGUGCAGGUCAGAGUACCAGGAUUUGGAGAGACCUACUCCAUAGAGUUUCUUGAUUACAACAGACUGGCCGGUUAUUUUCAUACUAUGGUCCAACAUUUGGUCAACGUUGGCUACGUCCGAAAUGAGACGGUCCGCGGGGCGCCCUACGAUUGGAGAUUAACACCAAAUGAGAACGCGGCAUACUUUAUAAAGCUGCAGAACCUGGUGGAGGACAUGUACAACCAGUACCAGAAGCCAAUCUACCUACUGGGACACAGCAUGGGCUCCCACUAUGUCCUCUACUUCCUUAACCACCAGCCACAGGCCUGGAAGGACAAGUACAUCAGGGGUUUUAUUUCCCUAGGAGCUCCAUGGGGGGGCGCUGUUAAAGUGCUCAGAGUCCUUACAUCAGGAGAAAAUGACGGCAUACCCAUGAUUUCCAACAUCAAGAUCCGUGAGGAGCAGAGGACUAUGACCACCAAUCCCUGGCUGCUGCCGUCAGACGAGGUUUGGCCAGAGGACCAUGUUUUCAUCUCUACUCCAGCCUUUAACUACACCCAUCGGGACUACAAGCGUCUGUUCACAGACAUCAACUUUGAGGACGGCUGGCACAUAUGGGAGGACACCAAGAACCUCACCAGCGCUCUCCUCCCACCCGGCGUUGAGGUGUGGUGCAUGUACGGCGUGGGGCUUCCGACGCCUGUAACCCAUGUUUAUGACAACGAAUUUCCUGAUGGGGACCCAGUGGACUUUGUUUAUGCAGAUGGGGAUGACACAGUGGACAGCUUUAGCAUGAGCCUGUGCAAGCGCUGGGUGGGGCAGCAGGAGAAGCCCGUCCAUGUGACGGAGUACAAGGGUCUUCCCCACCUGGACAUAGUGUUCCAUGAAAAGGUGCUCAAUCAAAUCCAGCAAAUCCUGGAGGGUAAAUCUGAUGUACCCGCAGAGGUUGAUGUCCGGUUAGAUGGUAAAUAACAGACAUCACACUGAUGUGUUUAAUAUAACCUUAAGAGUGCUGGAUUCCUCUGUAUAAAUGUAAAAACAAGCAUACGUUUGGUCACUAAGUUCAGCUUUGGUCUAACUCUGUUAUUCUCAUUUAAACUGGGGUUUUAGUUUAUCUGUGCUCUGUGUAUCUCCAUGUAUCUACAGUGUGAACGUUUUUAGAUUAUGCAUCAAAUGCCUGUUAUUUUUAAAGCAUAUAUUCAACCAACCUAAAGGUAA